AUGAAGCACCUGGGGAGUGUCUCUCCACCUAGACACAAAUUGCACUGGCACAGUCUGUCUGAGAAACUUUGGAGGUGGGCCCUCUGCUACCUGCAGAUUCAUCCUCAGGAGCUGCGACAGAUCAGCCACACAGAGAUGGAACAUGAAGUGGCAUGCUUGGACAUCACACCAUUAGGGGACAGCAACGGGCUGUCCCCUCUUUGUGAUUGGACAGACAUUUCAGCUCGUAUCUUGAAGCUGCCCACUUUUGAACUACUGCAUAAGGAGAUGCUGGGUGGAGAGAUCAUUCCUCGCUCCAUCCUGAUGACCACCUUUGAGAGUAGUCAUUACCUCCUUUGUGCCUUGGGAGAUGGGGCACUUUUAUACUUUGGGCUCAACAUUGAAACAGCCUUGUUGAGCGACCGUAAGAAGGUGACUUUGGGUACCCAGCCCACGGUAUUGAGGAUUUUCCGUUCUCUUUCUACUACCAAUGUCUUUGCUUGCUCUGACCGUCCCACUGUCAUCUACAGCAGCAACCACAAAUUGGUCUUCUCCAAUGUCAACCUCAAGGAAGUGAACUUCGUGUGUCCCCUCAACUCAGAUGGCUAUCCUGACAGCUUGGCACUGGCCAACAACAGCACCCUUAAUGGCACCAUUGAUGAGAUCCAGAAGCUGCACAUUCGCACAGUUCCCCUCUACGAGUCUCCCAGGAAAAUAUGCUAUCAGGAAGUAUCCCAGUGUUUUGGGGUCCUCUCCAGCCGCAUUGAAGUCCAAGACACAAGUGGAGGCACAACUGCUCUGAGGCCCAGUGCCAGCACCCAGGCCCUGUCCAGCAGUGUCAGCUCCAGCAAGUUGUUCUCCAGCAGCACAGCUCCUCACGAGACCUCCUUUGGAGAAGAGGUGGAGGUACAUAACCUCCUUAUCAUCGACCAGCACACCUUUGAAGUGCUUCAUGCCCACCAGUUUCUGCAGAAUGAGUAUGCCCUCAGCCUGGUUUCCUGCAAGUUGGGCAAAGACCCUAACACAUACUUCAUUGUGGGCACAGCCAUGGUGUAUCCUGAAGAGGCAGAGCCCAAGCAGGGUCGCAUUGUGGUCUUUCAGUACUCAGAUGGAAAACUACAGACUGUGGCUGAAAAGGAGGUGAAAGGGGCUGUUUACUCCAUGGUGGAAUUUAAUGGGAAGCUGUUGGCCAGCAUCAAUAGCACGGUGCGGCUGUACGAGUGGACAACAGAGAAGGAGCUGCGCACAGAGUGCAACCACUACAACAACAUCAUGGCCCUCUACCUGAAGACCAAGGGCAACUUCAUCCUUGUGGGCGACCUCAUGCACUCGGUGCUGCUUCUGGCUUACAAGCCCAUGGAAGGAAACUUCGAAGAGAUUGCUCGAGAUUUUAAUCCCAACUGGAUGAGCGCUGUGGAAAUCUUGGAUGAUGACAAUUUCCUGGGGGCUGAAAAUGCCUUUAACUUGUUUGUGUGUCAGAAGGAUAGCGCCACCACCGAUGAAGAGCGGCAGCACCUUCAGGAGGUUGGUCUCUUCCACCUGGGCAAGUUUGUCAAUGUCUUUUGCCACGGCUCUCUAGUCAUGCAGAAUCUGGGUGAGACGUCCACCCCCACACAGGGCUCGGUGCUGUUUGGCCCGGUCAAUGGCAUGAUUGGGCUGGUGACUUCACUGUCAGAGAGCUGGUACAACCUCCUGUUGGACAUGCAGAAUCGACUCAGUAAAGUCAUCAAAAGUGUGGGCAAGAUUGAACACUCCUUCUGGAGAUCCUUUCACACUGAGCAGAAGACAGAACCAGCCACAGGCUUCAUUGAUGGCGACUUGAUUGAGAGUUUCCUAGAUAUCAGCCGUCCCAAGAUGCAGGAAGUUGUGGCAAACCUACAGUAUGACGAUGGCAGCGGUAUGAAGCGAGAGGCCACUGCAGACGACCUCAUCAAGGUUGUGGAGGAGCUAACUCGGAUCCAUUAGCCAUGGGCAAGGGUCCCCAAAGGCUUUGCCCUGCUGCCCGCCCCCUCCUCUCCUACCAUUGUAUUCUUGGCCAUGAGGGACCUUUCCCUAAGCCAGCUGCCCCAAAGCCACAGUUCACCUGUGUGGAAAUGGGGCCAUCUUAGAACUAAAACUAGUUCACUAGUGACCUGGGCAUGGGCUAAAGGUGAACCAUUUUCUCCCUGGAUUUUUACCAGUCUCAAAUGAUUCCAGCUAUCACCUUGGCCCACCAAGCUUUGAUUGGUAUUGCCAGUUGUCCGCCUUCCAGGGAGGGAUCUCGUGGCUCUUUGGCUGAAACAAAGCUGUGUGUGCGUGUGUGCGUGCGUGCGUGCGUGUGUGUGUGUAUCUCACACUCAUGCAUUGUCCUCUACUAUCUUUUUAUUUAGGUUGGGAGUGUAGGGAGGUUGCCCAUAGUAGAAGAGGGUUGGGAGGGCUUCAUUAUCUUGAAGUGAAACCUUCUUUUUACUUUUCUACUUUUGCCUGUGAGAGCAUUGGUUACAGGCCAUGGCCUGCCUAAGUUCAAAACCUGGAGAAGG